AUGCUCACUGAUCAAUAUCGUGUUUGGAGCAGGAGCAGUGUGCCAUGUCUGCACCAGAGUCCCAGAGACUGGCGCAUUUGUGCAACAUCACCAGAUGAUGCUGCAACCCUCAAAAUACCUGCUGGCCCCUGGCGAAACCAAGCCCCGGAAAACGGAUCUUUCCAUUAUUGCUCCGUCGUGGAGAGAGAUGUUGCUCCUGUUCUGAAAGAUAUUAGAAUAGCCGUUAUAAACAUCGAUGAAGUUAUCAAGUCGGCCCAACAAUUCUUAAAGAUAUCAAGCAUGCAGCAGACAAACCCAAGGCCGUGGGAUCAAAGGCAGUUGAGUGGAGCUGAUUUGGUGUCAAAGAGCUCGUCACCGCUGUUCAUUGCAUAUACCAUGCUGAAAGUAAGAAAGGUCAGAAAGUCGACAUUUUGGCUUCAGUUAAGGCACACUUUGCACUCACCAAGAGUUCAUCGAGAGUUGGAAAGGCGGAUAAGCCACUACUAG